GGAGGAGAACGAGGAGGACGAGGAGGACGAGAGGAGGAGCACGAGGAGGAGGAGGAGGACGAGGAGGAGGAGGAGGAGGAGGAGGAGGAGCCAGAACCCAAAUCGAGUCGUCAAUGAAAAACCGAAAGCGCCCGGGAAACUUGAGACGACGCUGACGCAAGCCACCGAAACCGAAUCGGGGUGGUCGAGCGAGAAAGCUAACAGGCCUGGCCCGAGCGGGCUGCCUGCGCAGCGCUACGUUGCGCAGGGCGCAUGGCUUCCCACGCGCCGCUACCGAACGGUAGGCGGCGGGGACUCACCCUGCACCUCCUGCGGCGGAGGAAGAGGAGGAGGAGGAGGAAGAGAAGAAGGAGGAGGAGAGGGAGGGAGGACCGGGCCGGCGGCGGGGCGCCGUGCGGUGAGGGGCUCCAGCGGCGAAGGCGUGCGGGGCCCACCGGGGCGGGCGGCUGAAACGAUCGGGCGCGCCAGGACUGGCGCCUGGAGCGCCUCGAGGGGAGGACGAGGGAGGAGGGAGGAGUGGGUGCCCUGGGUGGGGGUGGGGGUGGGCUGUGCUGUCCUCACCUGGAGACACAAAAAGGAAAAAAACGGCCCAGCCACGAUUUCUCGAGGCUCCGCGCGGAUGUCUUGGGUAGGCGCUGGGCUCCCUCCUUGGCGCGCGGAGCGCGCCAGGGGCGGCGCCCGAAGAGCCGCCGUGGGGGGGGGCCCAACGCCGAUCCAAGAAGUCGGCGCGGAACGCAAGGAAAGUGUGUUGGUGUGCGAGUUGCUGCUCUUCGAGGCUCACACCAGCUGCUUGAUGCAAGCCUUGAUCAUGUCGGCGAUCUUCUCGACCGUGGACUCCAUCAUCAUGAGGGCGACACGUUGAGGCGGCACAACAAGUCGUCCUCAAGCGUCUCCCCCGCCGUGGAGGGGUACUGGAGGGCAGGAUCGUCGCUCGCGUUGAUGGCCUCCAUGAGCUUUGGCAGUCCUGCAGCUUGUCGAUCUUCUCCAGAUCGUCCAGCCUCGAGAGCACCGAUGGCAAAGACUCGCCCGUCUCGUUUUUGAGGAUCUUCUGCACCAUGAGGAGGCACUCCUCCAUCGUCUGCUUGAUGUCUUGCGACACGUCGUCAAAGGCCUGCAUGCCGCGGCACGACUUGAAAA